AUGAAUCAAUCGAUUUUAUUCGUUUUAUUAGCAGUUUUACUGUUUACAAAUUGUUUUGUUCAAUCGGCUCCACGCAGUUUUGAACAGGAUGAAGAAUCAAAUGAAGCUGCUGACAAGCGAGGAAUCAGUAGUUUCACCGAAUUUUUACAAGAUGUUUUCAUGGACCUCGGCAUUCGUAAAGUGGAAGACAAGCGUGAGAUAUUAAGACAGAUCCUUCGUGCUGUUGAACCUGCAUCGCAGUUUGACGAGACCCGUUCCGUAUCAAAAAGUGUAGAACGACGUCGACCCAUCGCUCACAAUAAACGUCGCAUCGUUUGA